GCCACAGUCGGCUCGUCUCGCGGCCCCGCGCCCGCCCCCGCGGUCCCUCUGCUCAAUGAAAUUGGCCGCGAUGAUCAAAAAGAUGUGCCAGAGCGACUCGGAACUGAGUAUCCCGGCCAAGAACUGCUACCGCAUGGUGGUCCUUGGCUCGUCCAAGGUGGGCAAGACGGCCAUCGUGUCGCGCUUCCUCACUGGCCGCUUCGAGGACGCCUACACGCCCACCAUCGAGGACUUCCACCGCAAGUUUUACUGCAUCCGCGGCGAGAUCUACCAGCUCGACAUCCUCGACACGUCCGGCAACCACCCCUUCCCCGCCAUGCGGCGCCUCUCCAUCCUCACUGGAGACGUGUUCAUCCUCGUGUUCAGCCUGGACAACCGCGACUCCUUCGAGGAGGUGCAGAGGCUCAAGCGGCAGAUCCUCGACACCAAGUCUUGCCUCAAGAACAAAACCAAGGAGAACGUGGACGUGCCCCUGGUCAUCUGUGGCAACAAAGGGGACCGGGACUUUUACCGGGAGGUGGAGCAGCGCGAGAUCGAGCAGCUGGUGGGCGCCGACCCCCAGCGCUGCGCCUACUUCGAGAUCUCGGCCAAGAGGAACAGCCGCCUGGACCAGAUGUUCCACGCGCUCUUCGCCAUGGCCAACCUGCCGCGCGAGAUGAGCCCGGACCUGCACCGCCGGGUAUCGGCGCAGCACUGCGAGUCGCUGCACAAGAAGGCGCUGCGAGGCAAGAGGCUGCGGCGAGCGGGCGGCGACCAGGACGACGCCUUCGGCAUCUUGGCGCCCUGGGCGCGCAGGCCGAGCGUGCACAGCGAUCUCAUGUACAUCCGCGAGAAGGCCAGCGGCGGCGGCCAGACCAAGGACAAGGAACGCUGCGUUAUCAGCUAGGAACUCCCGCCCCGCGCGGACGCAGAGCCUCAGGAGACCCUCUUGU